GUCAGUAGCAUUCUCAGUGCCGAGCGCUACACACGCCGCGAUCUCGCGCACGCGCUAGACCCGCAGUGAAAGUCGCGCGCGCAGGUUCCGCUACGAUUUCGUGCGCCAACGUCUUCGUCUAGUUAUUCUGUUUGUUCGUUGCGCCAGUGCAGCGGGGAAAGGAGGUCGGUGCUUGGCCGCUGCCCCAGGCGAAACAAUAAACGAAACCUACAGAACAAUAAAUACUCUAAACGGUAUUUUUAGUGUUCUCGGAGAUUUCGAACGAAGAUAGUCGAAAAUGGUGGAGCCGUGAUUGUAAUGCGGGCGCCAUAAAGUGUUGUGUACUGUCAACAAGUGAGUGAAACUGUGACAAUGAGUGGAGGAGAGCCAACGUUAACGGAGUCGCCAGUGCCGCUGGCGCUGGCGCGACUGCAGGCGCGGCCGGGGCGUCUGCCGCGCGGGCUGCGCACGCACCGCCCCAGCCUGCCGCUCGCCAGCCUGCAGGAAGCCGUCGACGAAACGCCGCGCCGCUACAGCGAGGAGCCCGUGGCGCCUGACACGGACGACGACGAGGCCUUCACAGAUCUUGACGUCGUCUUCAACAAGGCGCCACCCCGACCUGGGACCAACGGUCGGCGAGCGUCAGACGCCACAUUCGCUGAGAGAUACAGAAAGUUAAAUGAAUUCGAUGGCCCGCCGCCGGAGCAGCCGCGGCGAGCCUCCCUGGCCGUGGCGGUCGGCGUGGAUGGGUUCGGUCCCGGCGACAAGGGCCGCCGGCGCUCGUGGGCCGCGCGACUGCAGCUCGAGCGCAAGAAGCGCCGGAAAUCCGGCGGCAACGACACUGACGAGGAGAGCGACUCCCCCACCUACGUGCGGCAGAAACGACCCUCCUGGUGGAACGUAUUCGUGCCCGAUAACAUGCUGAAGCAAAGGUCUAGGCGCGCCUCGCAGCAGCUGUCCAGAAGCGCCGAGAGCAUCGACCAGUCAUUCAAAAGGUCUAAGAGUCGAUCAGUGGACCAUGGGUUCGCCGCGCCCUUCGACUUGGAGGCCCUGCGCUCCAAGGUUGAGGGCCGAUUUGACGCUGUGCACAGAGAUGAGCAAGACGAGCAGGCUAGACAGAGCAGACUACCCCCUCCGCCGCCUAUCAAAACUAUGACGUACACGGUGCGCGAUCGUGACACGCUGACCUCAGUGGCGGCGCGCUUCGACACCACGCCCUCGGAGUUGACUAAGCUGAACCGGCUCGCCACGCAGUUCAUCUUCCCGGGACAGAACCUGCUUGUACCUGACAAGAGGAAAGAUGGCGAUAAGGAGUCCGACGGGCCGUCCGAGAGCGGCGACAACACGUCCGAGUCGACCCAGGGCGCCCCCAGCGAGCCCGCGCAGGAAAAAGAGAUCCUGGACAGCCUCCGGCCGGUGUCGCCGGACGCGCCGGCCAGCAGUAGCGCGCCGCAGCGGUUCCUCAAGAUCAACGUCAGGCAUAUCACUGAUGGACAGGGCGUGGUAUCGGGCGUGCUGCUAGUGACCCCGAACGCAGUGAUGUUCGACCCGAACGUGUCAGACACGCUCGUGAUGGAGCACGGCCCGGAGUCGUACGGCGUCAUCGCGCCGAUGGAGUACGUCGUCAACGCCGCCAUCUUCUACGACAUCGCGCACAUGCGCACGCACAGCUCCGACCAUAACAUGCACAAAGCUGAGCAAGCUGAAAUAUACUACAUGAAUAAAGCAGAACAUUCUCCCGGAAAGGAUUCACUUCUAGUCAAAGACGAGACAUUCCCCGAGCUGCAGGCGGCCGGCGGGGAGACAGAGGAGGGGAACGCGGGCGAGGAGCGGCCCGGUUCGGAGGAGGACCGCGGCGGCGCCGCCUUCCCCAAGGCCUUCGAGAGGGAGCUCGUCACUCCCACUGCUCUACAGCAACAAACCACAGAAGACAGGAGGAAAUCCUUACUGGAUCAACACUGGGCUAUACCAAGCAAGGACAGAAUGUCCAUUGAUCAAGGGAGCGAAGUAUCGUCAAGCGCAGACCAAGGCAAGGAAGAAAGCCUGGACGCGUCAGUAGGCGCGGCCUCGCGAGCCGAGUCGGCCGAGGGCAACGACCCUGGCGAGGGCGGCGAGGCAGCGGACGACGCCCAACACCUCGUCAAACUAUCCUACCACGACUCCGGCAUUGACAUACGCGACCCCGUACUACAUGUAACCCCCACCAACUCCAAGAAGGUGAGGCCUUUGGUAUACAGUGACGCGGACAUAGUCCUAUCAGCGGAGUGGGUGCCUCCAGUGUGUCUGCCGCGCGCGGAGCCACCGCUGUCGGCACCGCCGCUCGGAGAGAACGAGCGCGCACCACGCAAACCUGCAGCCGUCUCUUUCUCGCUCGAUGGUAGUGGUAGCAACAACCAGAAGGAGGACAGGGAUAAACCUGAUAAGAAGAAUAAGAUGCUAAAGAGGCUCUCGUACCCGCUCUCCUGGGUGGAAGGCCUGACCGGCGAGGGUACGCAGGGGUCCCAGGGCUCUCAGGGCGACUCUCUGCCUACCUCCGCUGACAGCCACAACUCUACCAGCGUAUUCUCCAAAGUUUUCAACAGACGCAGCUCGCUGGGCGGAUUCGGGCGCGCGCCGAGUAAGCCGUCGGCGCAGCAGCCGCGCCUCGACUACCGCAGCAUGGUGUCCGUCGACGACAUGCCUGAUCUCUUCGCUUCCUUUGACAAGUUAAUACCGCGGCCGGCGCGGCCGAGCGACGACCCGCCGCUGUACCUGCGGCUACGCAUGGGCAAGCCGGCCGGCCGCCCGCUGCCGCGCACCACGCCGCUCAUGUCCUACGGCCGCAAGCGCAUGAAGCCCGAGUACUGGUUCGGGGUGCCCAGAAACAGGGUGGAUGACCUGUACAAGUUCCUGACCCACUGGGUCCCUGACCGGUACGGACCACUGGGCGACGUAUCAGCUCAGGGCUACGAACUGAUCGACAGCGACACCGAGUGGGACGACGAUGAGGCCAAACCUGGACAGAAGGAACGCACCGGCAGUACGGGCGACGUGUCAGAUAUCACCCGGGAGUCAUGGGAGGUGCUGUCGAUGAGCGAUGAGCUGCGGCGCGCACUGUACUCUUCGGGCGCCUCCGUCGACAUGGAGUUCUCGCCGCCCGACCUCAUCGGCACCUCGGAGAUAUUCACCAUGGAGCAUAGAGAGAAGCUAUGCACGGUGCUGCCGGCGCGCGCGCAGGGCUACAUGUGGUCGCUGGCGUUCAGCACGAGCCAGCACGGCUUCUCGCUCGCGUCCAUGUACCGCAAGAUGCAGCGCGUCGACUCGCCCGUCUUGCUUGUCAUACAGGACACUGAUAAUAACGUGUUCGGCGCGCUGACAUCGUGCGCGCUGCACCCCUCGGAGCACUUCUACGGCACCGGCGAGUCCCUGCUGUUCUCGUUCCAGCGCGUGUCGGCGCCGACCUCGCCGCGCCGCGCCGAUGCCGACCCGCCCGCCACCCCCGCCGCCCCGGCCGGCGCCGCCCCAGCCGCACCCGCGCCCGAUACUAACACCGAUAAGCCCGCUGAAAAAGAAGGCGAAAAGGAACAGGAACAAGAAAAGAAAGAGGAACAAGCGCCCGCACCGGUGAAGACGAAAUUCAAAUAUUGGGGCUGGACUGGCGAGAACAUGUACUUUAUUCGCGGAAGCAACGACAACAUAUCCAUUGGAGCCGGAGACGGCAAGUUCGGGCUGUGGCUGGACGGCGACCUGUACCUGGGGCGCACGCAGCGCUGCACCACGUACGGCAACGAGCCGCUCACCACGCGCGAGGACUUCAUCGUCAAGAUCAUGGAGUGCUGGACCUUCAUCUGAGCGCCGCGGCCUCCACACCCGCCGACACCACUUGCGCACAGCGCUCCACGUUUCUACUUCACAUCAAAAACAAGCUUUAGACUAUCUUAUGAAAUUUGCUACGAAGAUUUGACACUUUUACAAGUCAGUCUUUUCAACUUUAGUACCGAUGAGUCUGAUCAUGAUUUUUGUAUUCGCAUUAUGACUCGAAACGUAGCGGCGCGGCCGCCCGGCCGGCCGACACGAAGACAAUAUAUCGAAACGUCUACGCGCAUUUCUAGUCAAAUGUACUGAAACCUGACCAAUGUUUUGAUCCUCUCCGAAUUUAGAAGCGUGUUCGGAUGGAGUGCCGCCGCUCGGCCGCGGGCCGCGGCUCGCCGGCUCCAGCAGAGCAAGUGCAUUAAUCCUAGUCAAUUGUCAUUCGUAUGUAAGUUGAAAGUUUAUCGCGACGGGAAGAGCUCAUAGUUGUGAACUCUAGGGUAGAGCAGUAGCUGGCAUGCGGCGCGGCGUGCCAAUGCACCCCUCGGGCCGCGCGCUCGCCGCCGCCAAUGAUUACGUGUCAAUUCAUACAAUUAAUAUUGUGCAUUGUUGUUAAGAAAAUUAAAAACAUAUUUGUAAUGAUAAACAUCAUUGUAUAAUGUUACGUAGAAGUUUAUAUCUUAAAGAAUCGGUCAUUCGAUUGUGUUUAGGCGCCGCAUUAUAGAUGUUGCCCAGUGUUGAUGAUCGAAGAAGCAUCGCGUUUUGUCGGAGAGGCGUAGUGCUCCACGUUUGUUGUAGUCGGGAGCGGGGGCUCCCGCCACUUGGCGCCGGUAGCAUGGCGACACCGCCAAUAUAAAAUGUUGUUUAUUUGUGUAGUGAUUUUUGUAUGUUACGUUGUCGUGUCUGAAUGUAUUGAGUCAUAAUAUUUAAGUUAGUGAGCAUAAUUAUGUUACACUUCACUGUGAUUUGAUUAAUAUGAUUGCAUUGUGUUAUAUAAUAAUAUGUUGAAGCGUUGUCACAUGUACUAUGUAGUGGAGGUACGGUCCGCGAUACGCCCGCCCGUGGGCCGCGCCCCCCGCCACGCCGCGCGGCGGACACACCCCGCGGACGUAUCCAAGUAGAUUCAGUUUAUGCGAUGUACACAUAAUGAAGAUAUUUUUGUGAUGUAAUGCUUCAGUACAGAAAUGAGUAGCCGAUUUAUAAAUAUCAUUAAAUAGUAAUGAAAAUUAAUAGUUAACUUAGAGCUUGAUGAAUGUAAUCGUCAUUGUGCUUAGUAAUCGUGUCACUUAGCAUGAUGUUACUCAGAUCUAUCUGGUCGUAUAAUGUAUUUAUUUGAGAGGCGCCCGCGCAGCGCCCUCCGGGAGCGUCCCAGAGACGACCGCGAGGACCUAAUUUAUUUUCUGUGUACAUACAACUUAUUCCUAUUUGAGAUUAGAGAAAUAUAUUUUUGUGAAUGGCCACGCGAAGUAUUCAAUAUUAUAACAGAUAUUUAUUGAUGGUAGAGAAAGAGCAUUUGAAAAAAUAUAUUUAAAAAAAUGUAAUCAUCUAUGUAGGCAAAAAUUAUUGAGUCGUUGAGCUAACUCAGAUGGCGCGUGCGUCUGUCCAUGCAAUAUAUUUGACAUUGUUAUUGUUUGUGUACAUCAGGAUGUAAUAGAGACAAGAACUUAGGUUUUAAAAUAUUAUCGGCAUAAUUAUUGUUACAAAUUUAUAAUCACUAGACUUGUUGAGUAGCAGUGAGAUAUAUUUAUUUAUUAUUCUGUUAUGAUUUCCAUCUUACGAUCGCUGUAGCUGCAUUAUUUUAUUGGUGAUUUAUUAUGUAAUUUCUAAGUUGUUAAAAUGUAAAUCAAGCCAUAAUAAUUGAGAAUAUAUUCUUUUGAAAAA